AUGUUCAUUCUGGAUGCUUUAAAGUCGGCAAGGUAUGCACAGGAUGCGGUGAAUGAAAAGAUUAGAUUAUACCUGACAGCGUCUAGUAUUUCUCCCGUUGGUGUCAAACCUCUUCGAAGGAGUUACUCAAUUUCAGAACCAAUUCAGGAUGCUGCAAACAGCGGGAGUUCUAUACUUGAAUGCGUGCCCUUGGAGACUGAUAAGAAGGGUAAUUUUUACGACCCAUCAACUGGACGAAUAGUGGUUCUAAAGGGUAUAAAUGUGGACGCGCAGAUGAAAUUACCGACUGAGCCGUACAUGCCGUCGUAUAAAGGUGACUCAACCAAUCCGGACGACAUCUUUUUCGAAGGAGAUACAGUGUCGUUUGUAGGAAGACCUUUCCCAUUGGAGGAAGCAAGACUGCAUUUUGAAAGAAUCAAGAGUUGGGGCUACAACACAAUUCGGUACUUGUUAACAUGGGAAGCAGUCGAACACGAAGGACCAGGGAAAUAUGAUCAAAAAUUUGCUGACUACACAUUGGAGAUGUUGAAGAUUAUUGGACAAGUUGGUGGAUUGUAUGUUUUUCUUGAGUUUCAUCAAGACGUGUGGUCUAGAUUUUCAGGAGGUAGUGGAGCACCGAUGUGGACGUUUUAUGCAGCUGGACUCGACCCCAAGAAAUUUACACUUGCCGACUCAGCGAUAAUUCAUAACGAGCCAAGGUUUAGGGAUGGAACAGACACAUACCAUAAGAUGUUGUGGACAUCAAACUACAAACGUUUGGCUCCGUUGGUCAUGUUUACCAUGUUCUUUGCUGGUAAAUACUAUUUUCCAAAUUUAAUCAUGAAUGGCGAAAACAUUCAAGAUUUUUUGCAAAAUCACUUUUUGGGGGCCGUUGAAUUCAUAUGGAAACAAGUAUGCGAAGGUGUGCCCGAAUUAAUCAAUAAUGGAACCGUGUUGGGCUUUGAAUCUAUGAACGAACCAAACUGCGGCUUGAUUGGAUAUCCAGAUAUUAGUCAAUUGCCUGAUUUUCAACAAUUGCGAGUAGGAACCACCCCCACAGCUUUCCAAUCAAUGAGACUUGGAAUGGGGUUUGCAUGCGAGGUUGAUGAGUAUAGGAUAACGGUUACCGGACCUAGAAAGUAUGGUACAAAAAUUGUUGAUCCAAAAGGUACUAGAGCAUGGUUGACGCCAGAAGAUGCGAAGGACAUUGAUAAAAAUUAUGGAUUCGAAAGGGGCGAGAAAUGGGAAUUGGGGACUUGCAUAUUUGCCACCCAAGGUAUAUGGAGCUGGCCACUGGUGGCUAGAGACAUGGCAACAAUGACCCAAGAGCAGAGACUAGAUAUCAGCUCAAAGUGCAAAGUAUUGGAACCACACUUUUUCAGUAAAUCGUUGCCACAACACAAGUACGAACUGGAUGUAACCAAAGUGGACACUCAUACAUUUGUUAAUCUUCAUUUCGUUGAUCAUAUUGUUAAAUUCAAAAAGCUAAUUCGUAAAUACCGAUCAGACGCAUUUGUCAUGCUUCUGACCCCAGUUUUAGAAGAGCCUCCGCAUUUAAAAAACGACAAGAGAAACGUUAUUGACGACAGAAUCAUCUACUGUCCACAUUACUACGAUGGUUUAUCCUUAAUGCACAAAAGCUGGAAUUUCAAAUUUAACGUUGAUACAUUGGGUAUCAUGAGAGGUGCAUAUUUGAAUCCCGUACUUGGUAUCGUCUUUGGCGGAAGAGCUAUCCGCAAUUGCUUUCAAAAGCAAUUUUGUGAAAUGAGGCGAGAGUGUAACGAGUAUUUGGGGAAAUUGCCCAUUCUUAUGUCAGAGACCGGAAUGCCCUUUGAUAUGGAUGAUAAACGAUCAUAUAGAAAUGGGAAAUACAUUUCGCAAACCGCUGCAUUGGAUGCGUUAUGUAACGCUUUGGAAAGUGCCAAUAUGUCACAUACAUUCUGGUGUUAUGAUAGUUGCAACAACCACAAGUAUGGAGACAACUGGAAUAAUGAAGAUUUCUCCUUUUGGUCUUCCGAUGAUCGAAACUUGACAUUUGAAGAUGAAUGUGAAACGCCUGAGAUUAGGAAUGAAACUGAAAGUGAACGCAAUCGAGUCAAGACAGCAAGAGCCAUUAGGAAAGCAAAUAGAAAACUCAAAAGGGCAGCUAAAAUGGGCCGCUCUGGUUCGGUUGAUAGCACAGCGUCAACCACUUCAGCAACAUCAGGAUCAUCAACCGAUGGUUACACCGAUAUGGAAUCCGAUUCAACCUCACUGUCAUCUGUCAUUUCAUCAACAAGUUCAAACAUAUAUCGUCGGCAAUACGGAAAGUGUUAUCCUUCGCCAGAUGGAGUUAGAGCCGCCGGCGCAGUCAUUAGACCAUAUAUGAUGGCAUCCUUGGGCACCAUGGUUGCGACCGAGUUUGAUGUUAAAGCUGUAAAGUUGUCACUUCAGAUUGUUGUUGACAAAUCAGAUCCAAGGGUUGAAAAUACCCCCACAAUCAUUUUUGUGCCCAAAUGGCAUUUCCCAUUUUUAGACUAUGGAGAUGUUUUCUUGACGUCUGGGUAUAUCAAAUACAACGAGGAGUUGCAAUAUAUCGAGUGGUAUCAUUGCAAUGAUCCAUCAUUGAACAUCAAGGAGGAGUCGACAACUAAUGAAAAAACUUCCACCGAAACUAUUAUUAUCAAAAAUAACAGUGGCUCUUUGGAGGAUGCUAAAACUAUUGAAGAUAGAAAAUUGGGAUGUACCAUAAGUUAG